ACGAGCUGUCACCUUCAGUCUUCCUGACGACGCGUGAAUGCAGCUCCAGCAGUCAUGUGACAUAUCAGCUGAUCGACCAAAGGCGGAACUAAAUCAAACAUGGUGGUCCUACUGAGCAGGUUACCUCUUCAAGAAUGCCCGAAACUGUGUCACAGGGUGGUGGAUGGCGUUUGUGGGCGGGAGCCUCCACGUAUGGCAGACUAUAGCGCCACCUGGAGCCUGGAGGAGUGGCUGGAGCUGCUGAACUCACUGUCCAGCCUCUUCCGACUGGCUGUGGGCAACAACAGCUGUGAUGAGGAGGUGCUGGCAGGUUUGUCGGAUGUGGGCAGCGGUUACGGAGAGGCUGUGCUGAGCGUGCUGAGGGCCAGACGAGAGGAGAUCCGCCAAGCUCUCGUGGAGAGAACCAACUUCAUCUCCAGCGCUGUGCUUCAAGACUUCGAUUGGCAGCUUAAGUUAGCCUUGUCCAGCGAUAAGAUCUCGUCUCUCCAGACUCCUCUGCUGAGUCUUACUCUGGAUGUGAGAGAGAACGGAGCCCUUCGGCCCGUCACCAUGGAGUUGAACAGAGAAGAGUUGCACACACUCAUUAGCUCACUAGAGGCUGCCAAUAAGGUGGUGCUGCAGCUGAAGUGACCAGCAGAUCACGGCUCACUCCACUACAGGAAGUGGAUGGCUAUCGCGUCACCAGCGUGCAAACAGCAGAAGCUGUAGCCCGUGUGCAUGAAGUCGUGCCAGAGGACUUUUUCAUGAGCGCUUGGCAGCCACAGUGGAACAUGUUAUUGAGAGGUAAUGUUAGUGAUGACGUGUUGAGAGGCGGUCCUGUCAUUUUGUAACCCACUGGAGUCUUUUGAACUCUUGAACACUUUGUGAUUUCUUGUAACCAUUUCUUAUGUGCUGUAUAAUAAAAAUGCUGAAAUGAAUGUAUUUCUGCCUUUUGAUUCUGUUGGACUAAUAUUGAAAUGUUGCCCAUUCACUUGGUAGUUAAUUCACCACAUCAUGUCAUGUGACUAGCAGAGAAACUGGAGACAUUCUGCAAGAUGUACUGUUGUAAUGUUUCUCUAGCUUUUUUUGUGCAUGUGUAGACACACACACACAAACACACACAUAUACCUAUAUACAUAACAAAUGUGCUCUUAUUUGUAUCAUUAUUAUAUCUGACUGUUUGGAGUAAUUACUUCUUUGUCGAUCCAUCUCUUUUCAAAUAAAUUCAUGGAAUUCUU